AUGGCCACUCUGCAAUACGUACAACGAGAUAGGGUCCGUAAAGCACCAUGCAUGCUGGCCACAUCGUCUACAACUAGAAAGAAUAACGCAUUAAAGGAAAAGAAAUGUAUUGUUUCAGUGAGGUUGCUAAGUUACACUGUUUAUGACCCAUACUUUGCUUUAUUCUUCCAGGAGCUCACUGCUGCAGUAGAACAGGAUUUGGACAAAGCAGAAUAUUACUGUCAAAGAGCCUAUGCACACAUAUUGCUUAAGAAUUACAAAGAGGUUGUGGAAGAUGCCAACAAAGCCCUCAAAUUGAAACCCAACUGUGCUUUAGCAUAUCUCAGAAAAGGAAUUGCGGAGUAUCACUUAAAAAUGUAUCAGUCAUCAAUGGAGUCCUUUAGAAGAGGGCAGGAAUUAGAUGGUGACAAUCCCAGUUUUAGCACUUGGAUCAAAACUUGUGAAGAAACACUGAAAUCUGCUGUGAGUUCUGAAGAAGUGUCAAUGGACUUGAAACAUCAACUCUGCAUCCUCUCCACAGCAGCAGGCCAGCAAGAUGGAAAAGCUGAAGAGAUAUGUACACAACAGAAGGCAGUACCAAAAGUAAAACAUGAUUGGUAUCAGACAGAUUCUCAUGUUAUCAUCACAAUAAUGAUCAAGAAUGCAAGCAAAGAUGCUGUGAACGUCGAGUUUUCAGAAAGAAGUGUGAGUGCAACAGUGAAGCUUUCACCAGAAAAUGAUUACAAUUUGAAACUCAGCCUUCUGCAUCCCAUAGUACCUCAGUAUUGCACAGUCAAAGUGCUUGGAACAAAGAUUGAAAUAAAGCUGAAGAAAACUGAAGCCAUUCGUUGGGAAAAGCUGGAAGGCUUUGUCCCAGAUGUAAAGCAUUUUGUGCCAGUACAGCCACAACGGUAUCCAUCCUCAUCUCACUGCACGAAGAAUUGGGAUAAACUCGUAAUGGAAAUUAAACAAGAGGAAAAUGAUGAGAAACCUGAGGGAGAUGCUGCUCUAAACCAGCUCUUUCAGAAAAUCUAUGCUGAUGGGUCUGAUGAAGUGAAGCGUGCUAUGAACAAGUCAUUUACUGAAUCUGGAGGCACGGUUCUGAGCACAAAUUGGUCUGAGGUGGGCAAAAAAACAGUGGCUGUGAAUCCUCCAGAUGACAUGGAAUGGAAGAAACUUUAGUAUAAAUUUAGUACUGUGUUUUCCAUCACAAAUUCAACUGUAAAAGCAGCUUAUGAACUUUUUCUUCUGUUCCAACUGAUUAUGUACUAGACUAUGCCUUAGCCUUGGGUAACCUUUUGCAUGGAUUUGAUGCAUUCUUUUGUCUGACAUCUAAUGUUCAGAUAUUUUCCCCAAUUUAACAUUUUAAUUUUCAAGUGUCAGCAGUUUCCACCCAUGAAAUAAAUUGGUAUCCAUACAUA